AUGCCUUCUUCUCGUCGAUUUUGCAUCUUCCCACCACCGACGAUCUACUCUAAAACCAACCUCCAUCGACGGUCUCCUGCCUCUUCAUCAGGUCCGAUCCAUUACCUCUUCAUCGAUGAUCUCCAUCCUAUUUCAGAUUCUGAUUUAUUUUUUAUAGACAUUUCCCAAUCAGCACUUUCUGAGUCAGCAACUGUCAAAUGGGGCCUUAAUUUGAUUGAAAAGUUAAUUCAAUGCAAAGAUGUGUCAAGUAAUAACUGGUGUGAGUACAUAAUAGACUGUUUAGAAAAAAGCAAGAAUAAGUGGAGGCCAAAUGACAAAAACUGGUACUUCACAGGACCUCUUGCGUUUCUAAUGAUGGUGUAUGCUGACAGAGUGAUAUGUAAAGAUGUAAAUCUGCAAAGGUAUAGGCCAUUCAUCAUAGAAAUUGAUUCAGAGAACCUAAGAGUUUUGGAGGAAUAUGAAGUAAGCAAGUGGAUAUUUGGAAGUCUAAGUUUAUGGGAAAAUGUUGAUGGUGUCUUUUAUGAUGAGAUGAUGAUUCAAGAUGAUUCAAGAAAUAGAUCGGUUGAGGGGAGUUAUGGACUUAUUGCAAGUAUGGUAGGAAGGUUACUUGAGACAAAAAAGAUUAUAAAAGCAAGUCCUUUGGUAUGUAUAGAAAUGCAUCUGAAUGAUGAUAAGAGGAAGGCAGUGAUUAAGAAGGUGGUCGAAAUUUUUAAUAGGACAACACUGAAAGAAUUACUAGGGAAUGGUCAUGAAGAUAGAAUAGAUGUUGAUGUUAUAAGCGUUCAUGAAACAGAAUGA